AUGUCUUUGAACGUCUUGAAACAGAGCUUUACCGAACCAGAAGUCGCGGACCCAGAUGCGGAGCUGAUCAAGAACAUUGCUUCGGACCUCGAGAGAUUGUCAGCAUACAGUCUGGAGGUCGUUAACCUCAGAGACUGGGAAUAUCAGACAGCUCUUGGCGCCGAGCUCAAGGAACACUUGGGACCGGACCAUCAUGUCGCUUUCGUGAGUGCUCAUCGGCAGUCAAUCACUGGCGCGGAGAUGGUCGCCGCCUUCAAAGCGAGGAUAAAGGAGUUUCCAGACUACCAUAUUAUUGCCAUGGACAUCACCUCGGAUGUGGACGUACAGAAAUGCUCGGCCAGCGUAUGGAUGCAUUUGAACAUACACAUGACCCCAGAAACCAUGGUCACGGGCUUCAACGAGUUUCAGUGGAGGCUGGAAGGAAAUAAAUGGAUGUGUGUUCAUGUCACCUCCAUGAGAGGUCAGUCUAGCGAUCAGGGCAUCUACCCGAAAGGCCGCGAACACAGGAGGGGUUCUGCAGAUUCCACCGGAUCGAAGACGUCCUUUAGUACGAUAGGUUCGUCAACGACUUCGCACACUACGACUUCGACGGAUUCUGGAGGUUGA